AUGGAGCUAGAAGGAAUGUCUUCACGAGCAUUAUUGUUUGCCAGCACAUCUUCCUCCAUGGUCCGGUGGAUAAAAUGUACAACUGCAGUAUUCAAGAUUCUCAACAUGAACAGGACAGGUUCUGGGACCAGCUGGGGAGUCCCCAGAAGCCAGAAGGUGCAGGAAGAGCUGAGACUAGUUGAAGUGGACCUCGGGGACAGCAUCAUUGAGGACCCAGAGCUAGAAGUGAUCAAAACUUCAGGGGUCAAGAAGAUAGAGGAAGAGGAUGAGAAGUUAAAGGAGCUACAAAAUGAGGUAGAGAAGCAGAUGAAGAAGAGAACAACCCCAGGCAACGCUGGCUCAGUGAUCACGUCUCUAGAGAAGAUGGAGGCUGAUGCCAGUUCCAUCUAUGUUGGCAAUGUGGACUAUGGUGCAACAGCAGAAGAGCUGCAAGCUCACUUUCAUGGCUGUGUUUCAGUCGAUCGUGUUACUACAGUCUGUGGCCAAUUCAGUGGCCUUGCCAAAGGGUUUGCAUAUAUAGAAUUCUUAGACAAAGAGUCAGUGAGGACUUCCCUGGCUUUAGAUGAUUCCCUGUUUAGAGGAAGACAGAUCAAGAUGAUUCCCAUCACCACAACACACAGGGGUUUCCCAUGUAUCCAAUACCAUGCCCAGGCUACCAAUUACAUCUCCCUGUCUCGACUCUACAGUGGUUUUAACAGCAGGCCCUGGGAUCAAGUCUACAGGGGCCAGGCUAGAGUGACAUCAUGGCAUUCCCCUUACUAA